AUGCAGCGACAGGUUGCGGACUCGGAGGUGACGGCGGCGGCCUACACCUUCCGGCAGCCGCCGCAAGGCUUUCAGGAGCCCACGUACCGUGACCCGUCCAGCGGUCGCAAUGCAAGCCGAUACAUGGACAGCGGCUCGAAGCGGUAUGGAAACAUUAUGUAUGACCGUCGAGUCUACCGCGGCAACACGUACGCUAGCCCGAUCAUGUCAAUCGCCGCGCGAGCUGAGAUGGAGAAGCGCGAGAUGAUCGACACACAGCGGCGCAAGCAAGCAUCGCUGCGCGCCGCCUCCAUCAAGCGUCGCAAGCAGUUGGAGGCGGCCCGGCGACAUAUGGCAACCCCCGACCCGGGCGAAGGCCGGUACAACACACAAAUACAAACCGACGAGUACUUGGAGGAGCUAACGGACAAGGUGGAUCAGCAGGUACAGGAGACACAGACGGACCCGCUCAUGGACCGACCAGUGACGCCAAAGUACGUCCCAAUCAAGUCCGGCCGCGAUGCGGAGACGCAAAUCCACGAGGGGGAUUUGUUUCGCUUCGACGAGGCCGUGGAACCAAUCCUCGAGGUACUCGUGGGCAAGACGUUGGAGCAGGCGAUGCUCGAGGUGAUGCAGGAGGAGGAACUGGAGCUGCUGCGCCAGCAGCAAAUCGAGUUCGAGCAGCGCCGCAAGGAGGAGCUGCUAGAGACCCAGAAGCUCGAGGCGGAGGAGCGCCGCAAGUUUGAAGAAAAGGAGCGCCGCAAGAAGCAGGAGAUGGAGCGCAUCCAGCGUGAGAAAGAGACCCGUGAGAAGCUGCAGGCAAGGCAGUUCGCCAAGACGUACAUGAGCAACAUGGAGAACCGUGUCUUUUCGCGACUGCAGGAUGAAGGGUGGUUUGCAGACCGCGUGCUGAACGAGGUGGAGCUGGACUUCUUCCCGUGGCUGAUGGCCGAGGUCGACAAGGAGCUGGCCAAGAAGUCAAAAGCCCGCGCGCUUGUCGACGAGCUUAUUCGGGAGGUAGUUCGGCUUAACGCCUCCCAGCUGGAAAAGAGUCGCGCAGCAGCAGCGGUAGUGGAGGAGGAGCCUUCGAUGGCUUAG